ACAGCACGCUUAUCAAGUGACAUGCGCAUUGGGGUUGGUGGAAGUAACCAGGAAGUGCUGUGAUUGAAGGAAACGUUUGUUUGUGCUGCUGCUCUUUGGUUUGGACCUAAGUUUUUGUCAUGGCAGUGGACUGGAUUGGAUUCUGCUAUGCUGCAGCCAUCGCCUUUGGAGGAUUCAUGGGAUACAAGAGGAAAGGCAGCGUGAUGUCCCUGAUGGCCGGCCUGGUGUUUGGCGGACUAUCUGCUUAUGGCGCCUACAACGUCUCUAAUGACUCGAAGGACAUUAAGGUGUCACUGCUUGCUGCCGGAGUCCUCUCGUUGGUGAUGGGAACAAGAUACAAGAAAUCUGGAAAAAUAUUGCCCGCGGGCAUCAUGUCGGGGCUGAGUUUGCUGAUGGUGUUUCGACUGUUGCUCCUGCUCGUGGUGUGAGUUGCGGAACAACACUGACCGGACUGAGGUGACGCCGUCGGUCUUUGAUGAAUAAGCCUUAUUUUAGAGGAAACAUCAUUCCCAGUUAGCACACUAAAACAAGUCUUCUGUCAUGUAGUUGCUGAUCAAUGUUAAGUGACCAUUGUGACCAGAAACCUUCAGUGGGCUUAUAACAGAUCAAACUGUGAUUGUGAUUGUAUAUAACUCAAACCUUGUUUUUUGUAGAUGAGCUUGUGAUUAGAGAUUUCAUCCAUACAUCCAUUUCGUGUUGUUACCACUUAUGUAUUCGCCCACAGUAAUGGCAGCACAACAGAUAAUUGCAAGCACUGUGGAUGCUGUCGCUUUUCAGUAGGUUUACAAAUUACACUACAUCAGUUUUGCACCAUAAAGUUAGUAAGAUGAAUUAUUUGAAUUGCAAUAAGAAAAAAAACAGGCUUAAAGAAUUAAAAAGUGCAUUCCUGACUUCUGACAUUCUAUAACUCUGAGGGGAAAACAAAUUCAAGUUAGUGUUUUUGUUUCUGUAUAACUGCAAAACUAAAUAAACAGAUGUGAUUCUUAAAA